CAGCGUUAGAAAUCAAUGACACGGUUUGUGCGUAUCGGGAAGGGGAGGGAGAGAGAGAGAGAGAGAGAGAGAGAGAGAGAGAGAGAGAGAGAGAGAGAGAGAGAGGAGGCGGUGUCUGGUAACCGAGGAGGGGAGAGAGAGAGCUCCCGGUCCGCUAGUCCUCUCAACUGCGUUCCAGCGUCAUUCCUCCAAGCAGUCGGGUGCUACCGGAGUGCCCGGGCCCGUGGACUUAUUCUCCCCCGGGAACUGAAACUGGACAACGGCAAACUAUCCCAGAAGAUGCUCUUCCUCCUGCUCCCGGCCGUGGCUCUCUUGCUGAGCGGAGACGCGGUGGUCUCCGGUAACAGUAACGACAAAUGGCUGAGCACCGUGGCUCAGUACAACAAGGACAGAUCCUGGAACAGAUUCAGAGACGACGACUACUUCAAAAGCUGGGCUCCUGCCACGUCGCUAGACCGAGAGCGAGAGGCCGAACCUGGAAAACAUGGAGCUCCAGGAAGUAAAGUCCACUCCAGCUCAGCCAAGAAGACAGUCCAGGACGGUCCAGAUGCCACGAAGGAUCCGUGUCUGAAGGUGCGCUGUCCUCCUCACAAGGUGUGCGUCAGCCAUGACUACCAGACGGCCAUCUGCACCAACCACAAGCAGCCGCCGCACAGUGUGAAGCCCAGAAAAGGCAGCGCGGGUCACAAGUACCGGCUCGAAGCCAGCGCUCAUGGGAAAUGUAGGCUCUGCUCUGCCCUUCAAUCAAGCCCUGUGUGCGGCUCUGACGGACACACCUAUUCCUCCAAGUGUAAGCUGGAGUUUCAGAGUUGUCUAUCGGGGAAGACGAUCUCGGUGAAAUGCGAUGGGCUGUGUCCCUGUUUGCCCGGCCAGGAUCUCAGAAGACUGCCGCACAGGCCCGAGCAGCCUGCCUGCUCUGACACAGAGCUUCACAGUCUUGCUGCCAGACUGAAGGACUGGUUCGGAGUUCUCCACCUUGACGCCAAUAGGGAUCUCAAAUCCUCUGACAGCUUUGACUCCACGGCUGGACACUUUGACACCAGCAUCCUGCCCAUCUGCAAGGACUCCCUGGGCUGGAUGUUCAACAAGUUGGACAUGAACUUUGACCUCCUGCUGGACCAAUCAGAGCUGAGCGCCAUCUACUUAGACAAGUAUGAGCUGUGCAUGAAACCCCUCUUCAAUUCCUGCGACUCCUUCAAGGACGGCAAGCUGUCGAACAACGAGUGGUGCUACUGCUUCCAGAAGCCUGACGGACUGCCCUGUCAGACGGAGAAGAGCAAGAUCCAGAACCAGAGUCGAAAGAAGAGCCUCAUAGGCUACUACAUCCCUCGCUGUACCGACGAGGGCUACUUCAAACCCACCCAGUGUCACAGCAGCACGGGCCAGUGUUGGUGCGUGGACAAAUACGGCAACGAGAUCGCCGGCUCCAGAAAACAGGGCAACCCCAACUGUGACGAGGACCAGGAGACGUCGGGGGACUUCGGCAGCGGCGGCGCGGUCAUUCUCCUCGACGACCAGGAGGAGGAGCAGUCGCGCAGCAGCCGGAGCCGGCAGAAGAAGCGACGGGGACGGAUCCACCCCAGAGGCGCCAUGGAGGACGACGAGGACGAGGACGACGACAAGGACGACGAGAUCGGCUACAUUUGGUAGCUCCGCUCCAUUUUGCUCCGCCAUCAGCCGACCAGGAAACUCCGUUAACCCAGCACAGAUCUGAAGCCAUUCCGAUGUCUACUCCUCCUCUGUUACCGUGGCAGCAGUCCAUCUUUUGGGCACCUGAACUUGAUCUUGUAAUCCCCGUCCUCCCUCCAAACGUCUCUCUUCAUUGAACUUCAUCUGACCUCCUCCUCUUAAAGCGUUUCCCUCUCUCCUCACAAACCAGAGAUCUCAUUAGAUCCCAACAACAACUGUCAAGACCCUGUUAGAAUUCUGCUCCAGCUGUCACCGUCUCCUUCUACCUUUCCCAAACCUCUGAUCAUUAACCUCCUCCGACAUGGACGAGGUCGUUUCCUCCCCCUCCAUCUUUUUUUUACUGAUUAUCUCCCUCUCCUGUCCGUGUACGUCCAUGUCAGAGCCUCUGGUCAGUCUGCGAGCUGAAAUACUGGAUGUAAAUAUGUUCUUCCAUCAGCGUUUCAUUCCCAUCCGCCGUGUCGCACUGUUGGGCUCCUUCCAACACGAACCCCCGCCACGCUCCCUGGCUCUGGAGAUGCUCCCUCCCUCUCUGUUACUUCAUGGAGGACUGUAAAUUAUUUAAUCGUUGAUCUUGAAUGUCCCAGAAAGCGCAGGAAGCAAUGAGAUAAAUGAUGUAUUGUCGUUGUUGUUGCAUGUUUCUCAUCUGUGUUUCUGUAAAAGAGAGAUUCACCUGGCCAGGUCUAGCUCUAUGCAUCUCAAACAGAAAGUGAUGCCUAUUUGGCUGCUACAAUACUUUGUUGCUAUGUUGAUGCUGUCUAGUGUCUUUUUGGUUCUUCUCCCAACCUCAGGAGGUAGGAGGCGAUAGAGGUGUAGAAACGUGAACUGCAAGGCCUACGGUCCACAUCUGCAGUGUCUCAGCCAGAUGUUCUGUCGCUGAUUGACCAGUAGGACUGCUGAGGCUGCUCGACAGUGCAUGGACACUAGAGGAAGAGGCUGCUCCUGAGCUGGGAGGACACACAAAGUGGGGCGAGCGGAGAGGAGACUCUGUUCUGCCUCCCAACAUUGGAUAUGUUCAGUGAUAUGAAAUUGAAAUCUUCACCAUGUCAACUAAGUGAACUUUUAUUUGUAACUUUGAAAAUGAAGUAAAGUGGCACUUUGGGUGUCUUUUGAACCUUA